GACUGGAAGCGGGCAUUCCGUAUUUCAAUCGCCGUGUGUGUGUUGGGUCCUAUGAGUAUUAAAUGUUUCCAUAUAUAAGUCAUCUUUUGAUGCACAAUAAACACUAAAUAACUGCUAAGAGCAUUAACUGAGUAUUUUCUGUUUUGUAGUGCACACUUUAGCUCUGUUAUUCCUUCGAAACUUGAUCUGUGGUCCUAAGUGCUGUAGUGAAAGUCAACAGCUAUAUAUAAUUUGUUGAUAAGGUUCAGAAAACAACGUAAGAAAGAUAAAAUAACGUAAAAGGUUAUAGAUGCGCAUAGUUUUUGUGAGUUAAGACGAAAUGUCAACUGAAGGGUAAGUCCUAAAUAUUUGUUGUUCUUCCUUCAGUUAAUUUUUUUCAAGGAAUAACCUUUUUUAAUAACUAUUGUAUGUUGUCUCUAGUGCUUCAUGCUCAAGUGAAAUUUCAGUGAACGUAAGCGACGCGUUCCAACGUAUUAUGCUGAAUAAGAGAUUCAGAAGCUGGAUUGAAUUAGAUAAUGCGCUAAAGGAUUUCCAUAAAGUAUGAUGGGAUAAAUCUAUGUUUUCUCAGAUGACCCAUACACACUAUGUUCACGCAGAAAGUAGAUUGUUGAAGGAUGUGAGAUAUAAAUACUUGUUCGUAGUGUUUCGUUGCACGUUUGGUCGUAAACGUAAAUCAGAAGGUCCGGAAAAAGACAAAUGAUAAAAUACUAAAAACCUACUUGACUCGACUGGUAACCUCAGAAACGGUCGGAAGGUAAUUUUUUAAUGUAUUUAUUCACUAGAUUUAAUCAAUAUUACAGAAUAAUAAACCGCAGAGACAGAGUGAUAGGCCAGUACCUAUCACGUUUCUGGAUGCCACGUAAAACAAUGUGGGCGCGUGCCUUUUACGGCAGUGUAUUAACUUUGGGUAACAACACGAAUAAUCGUGUUGAGUCAUUAAAUAGGCAGAUAAAAAGAUAUGUACGCAAAAGCGACAGCUUGCACAAAUGCAUGUACAAGGCUUUUAAGUGGAGUUCAAUGACAUUCUCUAGAAAAAGCAUUGAAGACCAAAUAAUCAGUGGACGAACAUACAAUUAUGAUGCUCCACAGCGUCUUAUACCCUUGCUGAAUAUGUUGACCCCAUUCGCAAGAUCCAAAGUGUUAUACGAACUUAAAAAAAUGCGUUUCGUUAACUUAGAAUAUGAAAGCGGCGAGUGGUUGUUUAUGCUUGACCGCGGACAACAUUACGAAGUAGAUGUAAGUAUUUGUGAAUGCAAUUGUAGCACGUUUAAUAUGUGUCGAUAUCCGUGCCGCCAUCUCCUGCUGACAUAUAUUAAAAGACGAAAUCUAACAGUUCAUCAACUUCUUAGGUGUUGCUGCAGAUGGAAAUUAGACAAUACGCACAAUUUACAAAACAACACAGGAAUUUCAUUACGGAGACGGAGUAAAGAAUAUAUACAACUUCAACGGCUCCAAAGAAUGUGCAAACAACAAAUUGUUGAGAAAUAUGGUGAACGCUUCGCGAAUCAGGUGGAGAGAAAAGUCUACAAUUUUUACUUAAGAAUUAUAAACAGCUAGACAGCAGGUUUACGACUAACAGUUCUUUGUGGCUUUAUUUUAUACCACUAUUUAUACAACUUGUAAACUUAUCUUUCCACUUUAGUAGUCAUGAAAAAUCAAUAAACUUUUUCUCAUUUUUUAUUUUCGUCUUCUUCAUACUUUCAUGGGGAGGUUUACCAAUCGCUUUAACGAAUAAUUGUGUGUGAAAAUUAAGAAUUUGUACUACUGUAUUAGUUACGAACUGUCGUUAGAACUUAGCGUUAUAUCGUUGUUCAUUGUGAGGAAUCAACGAGUCAAAUAAAACAAUAAUGCGACUUCCACGUAAAACCUUACAGAUUAAACAACCGCCUUACAUAUUUUCCGUUGUCAGAUUACGUCCAUUAUCAAGUUAGUAUUAGUAUGGAACUAGACAAUUUCAUGCAGCUAGUUCCUUGAUAAGAUGGAUUACGUAAUCCUUAGACCACCCUUCCACUCACACUUCUUUGCUAAAUUAUGUUAACUCUUCAGAUUGUCUUCACUUAUCUUAUUAGUUCUUAAUUCACUGAUUUAUUCAUUACAUCUAGAAUUAUCACACAAUUUAUCUUAUAUGCUUCUGAGCUUCACUCGACUAUUACACCACCCAUCCUUUAUGUUCCCUUAAGUCUAACACCAAAUGACCUUUGACCUGUUCAAGCAUAUACAUAUGUAUAGUUAUUAUUGAUAACCUAGGUCAUUCCAAUUCUUUGCUUUCUAUUAUCUUUCAUACUAUUUCCUCCCUCAAUCUUAAAUUAUAAUGCAUAUUCAGUUGUAUGCAACUUGUGAGAAACCACGAAAUGUAAUGCAGUCACAUGAUUCUGCGUCAAUAUUUGUUUUGGCUUUAUUUAGACCAUAAUUAUACAAACUUACAGGAUUUAUAAUGUAAGACACUGCGUAUGGUUGUUAUAUUUAUAUUUAAAUAAUUCAUUAGAUGAAUGAGCAUAGCAGUAGGCAAUAUAAAACAGUUAUCGUAAACUUGUAAACCGGUUUUCCACACGAUCUUCCGUAAUCCUAAAUUCCAUAAGCUUCAUACUAUUCUGAAAAACAACAAAUCCGUUUUGAGACAAACAAUUAAAGUUUGUUCUCAGUAUCAUAUUCAAUAAGUUAUUCAAAUAGCAAGUAACAGACUGUGCCUAUAAGUCUUUUAUUAACAAGUAGUGACAUUCAUUCAUAACUUCCUAAGUAACACAACUGUAUUACCGAAACGGAGUGAAGAGUAUAUAAUAACUCAUUUGUGAACCCUAUAACAGACACGUCACAAAUCAGUAUUAACUAAAAAACAUGGUUGUGUCAUCAUUCUCACAAGAAACACCGAUCGUUUUAUUCAUGAAGAUUUUGUUCCUACUUGAUGUGGUGUUAUACACUAUUACUGCAGACGUUCAGAAAGCCGCUGGACAACACUAUAAACGUCAAUUGUUACUCACAUAUUUUUUUUCUCAGAUACGUUACAUAAUUAUGUCACUUCAGUACAAAACAAUGGUACCUCUGAUGGAUAUAACUUUUUAUGGCUAAAUACAAACAAGUUAUAUAAUAUUCACAAUUAGGUUAACGCUUGAUUGCUUCUACUUACAUUUUAUAAACAACUACCGACAUCCAUGCUCACCGUCACCACAAUCAAGGUGAACCAUAUGUAAAAGAUUUUACGGUUCAUUUUCAUGAAAACUCAAUCUGUGAUGUAUUUUUUGACUAGAAACACGGUGAACUUUACUUGCUUGAGUUUGUAUUGUUACAAAUAACUAUAUUAAGCUAACUUCAGAUUUACUUACGUGGUGAGCAAGAAAUACGUCAAACUGCCAAUAAAUUGGAAUAAAAACUAUGUUACAAGCACUAGCAAUACAGAAAUUGAUGUGUCAUGCAAAAAAGCCUGUUAAUAGCUGAUAAAUAACGACACAAAAAAUCCACGACAAUAUGUAACGUGUGCGCGAAAAUCCGUGGCUUAUCCGCCAGUCCGUGCCGAAGUCUAGGUACCCCUUAUUUCAAAAUUCGAGCAUCCAAAUUCAGACGUACGUGUAC